AUGACAGGCCGCGCACAGGAGCACGUUUCUUCUCCCAACUAUCCUGGGCAAUAUGGCAACAACUUGCACUGUACGUGGACUAUAGAGGUCAACGAAGGGGAGUUGGUGGGGAUGACACCAGUGUCGUUUUCUUUGGAGGAAGGUUAUGACUGGCUGGACGUGUGGGAGGGAGAGCUGGACCAGCCCACCUGGUUAGGAUCGUACACCGGUCACGUUCGUGUUUAUAUUGCCGGUCAAUCUUCUGGAUUCGUUUCCUUCAACUACACUGGGCAGGACGACAACAGCUUGCAACGUGCGUGGACCAUAGAGGUCAACGAGGGGGAAGGAAUUAAGUUGACAACACAGUCGUUUUCUCUAUCGGACGGUUAUAACUGGUUAGACGUCUACAAGGAAGAACUCGACAUUCCCGUCUUGCUGGGAUUGUACACCGGACGAUACAUUCCGGCAGAAUUCUAUGUCCCUGUCAACACGGUCCACCUGGUCCUCAGUACAAGCUACAAUAACACUGAUGACGGUUUCAAGAUCCAUUUUGAGGGCCCUGCACAUGCGUGCGUUGCCGCUGGGGGGCGUUAUUUGUACGAGAAGGAGGGAGAGAUUCUGCCUCCACGUGACGAAGUGACCGGGACGUACCAGACUAACGUCGACUGCAGUUGGACAAUCGUGGCACAUCCUGGAAAGGUUGUGGUCGUGGAGUUUCUAGAAUUCGACAUUGAGUAUGAGGCAAGGUGCCGUUAUGACUUUCUUCAGAUACACGAUACACCUUAUUGGGAAUUCUAUCAAACCUUCUGUGGUGUGUCUCUACCUCCCGUGUAUGUGUCAAUGGCACCAGACUUGGCCAUUCAUUUUCACAGUGAUGAAUCAACCACGGGAACUGGUUUCAAAAUCCGUUACUAUCUACAGGAGAAGUCUGAAGACGAUCGUCAGGGAUAUCAACGGAUGCACCAACUGUCAGAAGAUACUGGCACGUUUUCGUCCAUGAACUACCCGCACUACUCCUACCGUAACCACGUGUACCAACAGUGGUACAUCACCAUGGAGACACACAAGGCUGUCAAACUGUCUUUUCUCCACUUUGAUUUGGACAUUGACCCGGAGGGACUAUGCCGUAGAGACUAUGUGGAAGUUGAGGACCCCUAUGAGCAGAAAAACUUCGUUUGGUGUGGCAGCUGUGCCCACAGCGGUUUUACCUCAGCUGAACACAGUCUUUACGUCUUUUUCGUGACAGACUUUGUGAUUCGCAGAGCUGGGUUUUCAGCACGGUAUGAAGCAGUGGACAAGAGGCUAGGAACACCUACUCAAGAUGAUCGAGUCGCUCGAUCCAAUUGGCUGUUGGUCAGCGACAGGAUCAAACAAAUCAGCGUCAGUACCACAACCAAUCAGGUGUGGGCUCUGGAUGACGAAGGCAGGCCGCUGCGACGCACGGGGAUCACCAAAACAACUCCUCAAGCCCUCCAGCUCUUUGGAGCGAGCUCUACGCACUAUGAAUACAAACACUUGGUUCUCGUCACCUUUAAGAAAUUGUUUGAACUCCACGGAGGUGCUCCUCUCGUAGAGGACAAGUAUUCCUCGCGGGAAGGGCUGAACCAGCAGCUCUACGCACUAUGA